GCAGAGCUUAGAUACAGGCAAAGCACUGAGGGGGUACUCCGGAGGAUUACAGCUCUGUGUACUGAAAUCUGGGAGACAGAAGAAGGAUUAGUGAGGAAUGGCAAGGAGAGCAGGAUUUAUCAGCUUUUCAAAUAUGCAUUACAGCUUUUUAUAAUAUUUCACUGGAUUGUCUAGGACUUUGCCUCACUAGAAGAGGAGUUCCUUGACCAAAACAGAAAGAUGCCGGGGCAUUAACAUGCAACACAGACUGAAACGGCCGUGCGAUUUAUUAAAAUGAUCAAUGCCAUCUCAAGUAUGCGGGGCUCAGCUACGUUGUUCGCGAAGACUGCAGGUUGCUGCCAGGAAGCCCUUCCCCGAGCUGCUUAGAGAGAUUAUACUUAAAAAGUUUCCUCUCUUCCUGGAGUCCGAUGUUACGAGGUGCGAAAGACUACCAUAAUGGAGCUCUUCCAAAGUUCACCUGAACUCCAUCAGCUGCCCAGAAACCCUCCAGUUCUCCGGAUAUAAGCAUCAUGCAAGUCUUGCUGCUGACAAUGGCAAAAGAUUAUUUUUACACCUUAAAGUGAUGGGAUGAACUUAUGGGAGGGACUAACCCAAAUUCCAAUGGUGAUUCAAGGGCCGUUCUGAAGGCGUGAAGUGCCUAGCUUCAGCAAGGGCAUGGCCAAAGCUUUUUUCAGACUACAGAAGUUUCUUCGGCGGACCCAGUUUUUGCUCUUCUUCCUCACAGCCGCGUAUCUAAUGGCUGGCAGCCUUCUCCUGUUACAGCGGUCCCGCUUGGUUAUUCAGCAGGGAGCACGGGGGACCUCAAAUAGCCAGGCCAUCCCACUUUCAGACGUUAUGAUAGGAGUUGGAAUCCUAGACACCACCAGAGCGCUGCAAAACCCUCACUUGAGUCCUAAGUUCCUGGUAGGCGUGAAUGUGCUCCACGACUCUUCUUCAGACCAGAGGUACGGGCCACGGUGGCUAAUGUCUCGAAACUCAGAACUGAGGCAGUUGAGACGACGCUGGUUUCACAGGUUCAUGAACGAGCAAGAACCCAUGCAAGCAACGGGAUCUAAGGUGAUGAAACACAUAGCUGAAAACAAAGGCACUUACAUUGGAUGCUUCAGUGAUGAUUCCAGGGAGAGGACAAUGAAGGGAGCUGUGUUUUAUGAUUUAAGAAAAAUGACAGUAUCUCACUGUCAGGAAGCGUGUGCUGAGAGGGCCUACACCUAUGCUGGCUUAGAAUAUGGUGCUGAAUGUUACUGUGGGAACAAGCUCCCAGCGAACAUGGCCAAGCCAGAGGAGUGCAAUAAUGAAUGCAAAGGAGAGAAAGGCUCCAUCUGUGGAGGAGUGAACAGGCUUUCUGUCUACAGAGUGGAGGAACUAAGAGCAGGAGCAAAACAAAGGAGGAAUGUUAUCUAUCGCGGAUGUUUUAAAGCUCCAGAAAAUUUAACAGACACCUUUCCAGCCUCUUUGAUACAGUCCAAUUUGACGGUGGAGAUGUGCUCUGAAUUUUGCUCCAAGAAAGAAUUUCCCCUGGCAGUCGUCAGCGGGCCAGAAUGCUACUGCGGAUACCCCACCACACACUUCACACUUCACGACAGCAUGGACAGGCUGUUCUGUAGUAGGCUGCAGAAUAUCAGCAGCACAGUCAAAGUGCCAAGAGAGGAAAAUUAUUGUCAUGUCUACCAGACUCCAGUGCAAGACACCCGAUGCACAGACAGGAAGUUCCUGACAACCAAAUCCAAAGUGUUUGUUGCUCUGUCAAGUUUUCCUGGGGCUGGGAAUACGUGGGCUCGUCAUCUAAUAGAACAUGCCACGGGAUUCUACACUGGAAGCUAUUACUUUGAUGGGACCCUGUAUAACAAAGGCUUCAAAGGAGAAAAAGAUCACUGGAGAAGCAGGAGGACUAUCUGUGUGAAGACGCACGAAAGUGGCAAGCGAGAGAUUGAAAUGUUCGACUCUGCCAUUUUGUUGAUAAGGAACCCAUACAAAUCUCUCAUGGCAGAAUUCAAUCGGAAGUACGCCGGCCACUUGGGAUACGCCACAGACCAGAACUGGAAGAGCAAAGAAUGGCCAGACUUUGUAAACAGCUACGCAUCAUGGUGGGCCUCUCACGUCUUAGACUGGUUAAAAUAUGGAAAACAUCUUCUUGUCAUUCACUACGAAGACUUAAAACAGAACCUCAUCCCCAAGCUGAAAGAAAUGGUGGAAUUUCUAAAUGCGACCGUGACAGAGGACCGGCUGCUGUGUGUUGAAAACAACAGAGAUGGGAAUUUUAAGCGGUCAGGUGCUAGGCAGAAGGAUUUUGAGCCAUUCACCCAGGAAAUGAAAAACCUUAUCGACAGGUACAUCCUGACAGUGGAUGAAGCCUUGAAAGGAAGAAACUUCACAGGGCUGCCGAGAGAGUAUGUUCCAAGAUGAUAUCCCAACAGCACUUAGCCGUGCUUAAAAUUAAAAAAAAAAAAAAAAAAAAAAAAAAAGACCAGAGCUUUAUAGCAGCAAAAGCAAAGAUGCUCAUGGAGUCUGCUGAGGAAUGCAAAUUCUCUCCACUCUUGGAUGUUCUUCAGGGGCACUAAGUGCUUCAAAAGGCAAGCAAUGAAGGAUGGAAAUUGGGUUAUAAACCAAGGCAAAAAGCUAUUAGUGUCCGCCUGCGUGUCCUUCCCAAUAUAAAUGGCUAAGAAUUUAACAGUUGUGCGCUGCUAAUUCUGGAAAAGGGUUCCUCCUUCUUAUCCUUUCUGCCUACUAGCAAUACCUGCCCAGAGUAGCUUGAGAUUUUGCAGUAUUUCAAUUUGGUAAUUCACAUCUAUGUAAGAAAAAAAAAAUCCACAAAGUCUGCUAAAUAUUUUUAUCCGAUCAUUUAUGAAAAUUAGUUGCUUUCUUCUUAGAAAAGGUCUUCCCUCUCCCCUUCUCCUAAAUCCUUUUAGUCACCGUCCACUCCACCCUACAACCUCAAAAUAGACUUGUGUUUGUAUGAUUUGUGUUGGGGAGCAGCAGGAAAAGAAAUACAUGUGCAGCAAACUCUUCUCUGGACAGACAAAGCUUUUGUAAGGCUUACUUUAAAAAUCCAUGCUUGGGCUGACCCGCUGACUUGUCAGAAGUUGCAGUGUUGCAUGGUGGGCCUGCUUCAAGACUCACUUUGGGCUUUGAUCACAAUAUAGGACCAACAAACAUGCUGGAGGAGAUAUUACUGCAAUCUAGCGGGGUGUGGGCAGGCCUUGUUUCUCUGGUUCACACGCUGAAGCCAGUUCUUCAGCCUUUAGUGUGUUGCCAAGUUUGAGCAAGACAGGUAAGAAGUCCUACCAGGAGGAAAUGGGGAUUUGCUGUAACAGGAUGAAAAAAGCUCCAUGAUAUCACCCUUUCAAUACAGCCCCCAAUAUAAAGACAGACCUCAGGUUUGGCGAGGGCCUUAUACAUACCCUUAACAAGGUUGGGGAAGUGUGAACUUCUGUUACCGGUGAGUCUUAUAUCCAAGUCCAAAGUUUACUGCCUCCACCAGGUCUCCUCUCCGUGGGAGAAUCAGGAUGGGUCUGGUGAGCCAGUUGGUCUCAAAAGUGAGCCAGGACUCGUACAGUUCUGAAGAGUCAGGAACCUGCUUCGUUACAGGAAGGAGAUUCGGAGAGGAGCCAAAAUUAAGAGAUUAAAAACCAGCCAAGUGUGAGAACUGGGGAAUGGAUCACAGAUGGCCUUGAGGAGAACAGAGUCCUUUGAACAAGUGCAGCUGACAGGGACGGGGUGUGAAGAGGACUGCUUGGCAUGCUGACAUGCAGUAUGCACACUGGUCUCUUAGGCAAAACAUUUUUAAGGUAAAAGUCUCAUCUACAUGUCUAAGCUCUAUAAAACAGAAAGAUUAAGCUAUUCAUUACUUUCCUCAGGAGUCAUCUCUAGCAUUCUAGUGCUGUCAUUUAGCAUUAAAGGUGAAGUAACUUUCCUUCUGGGAUAGUGGAUAGUGUAGUUCCAGUGUGUAACAAUGGUGGAUGUACACUGAAA